GCCUACCAGUCUGGACAGCGGCCUGGGUCAUGAAGUUGUGGAGGUGACGUCAGGAGUGAGCGUGGCUAGGAGGCCGGGGCUGCUGAGCACGGCUGCAGAUAUGUCCCUGCAGAAGUGCCAAGAGGAAUGGGGAGAACUGGACAAGGAGUUCCAGCAGCUUCAGGAAACACACAAAAUAUACAAACAGAAAUUGGAAGAGCUUAACAGCCUUCAGAGUGUGUGUAGCAGUUACAUAAAUAAGCAUAAGAGACGACUGGCUGAUCUGAAACGUAACCUCCAAAGGCAUAAACACACCGCAAGCCUAGGCGAGAAUGAGCUCAUUCAUCAGAUAGACAGCACAAUUAAAGAGAGACACAAUGUCUUUUUUGAUAUGGAGGCCUAUUUGCCAAAGAAGAAUGGAUUGUACUUAAAUCUAGUCCUUGGAAAUGUGAAUGUCACUCUUCUUAGUAAUCAAGCAAAGUUUGCCUAUAAGGAUGAGUAUGAAAAAUUCAAGCUUUAUUUGACGAUAAUUUUGCUGCUGGGGGCCAUAGCAUGUAGAUUUGUGCUUCAUUAUAGGGUGACAGAUGAAGUGUUUAACUUUCUCUUGGUCUGGUACUUCUGCACACUAACCAUAAGGGAAAGCAUUCUCAUUAGCAAUGGCUCAAGAAUAAAGGGAUGGUGGGUUACCCAUCAUUACGUCUCCACUUUUCUCUCAGGGGUGAUGCUAACAUGGCCAGAUGGUAUCAUGUAUCGGAUGUUCCGCAAUCAAUUUCUAGCAUUUUCAAUAUAUCAAAGUUGUGUACAGUUCCUCCAAUACUAUUAUCAGAGUGGUUGUCUAUACAGAUUACGGGCAUUAGGAGAGCGAAAUCAUUUAGACCUUACUGUUGAGGGGUUUCAGUCCUGGAUGUGGCGAGGCCUCACGUUUCUACUACCGUUCCUAUUCUUUGGCCAUUUUUGGCAGUUGUAUAACUCAAUUACACUUUUUGGGCUGUCCAGACAUGAAUCCUGCAAGGAAUGGCAGAUUUUUGUUCUGGCUCUAACGUUUCUUGUACUUUUCCUGGGUAACUUUUUGACAACACUAAAAGUGGUUCACACAAAACUUCUGAAGAAUAAGCUAAAGAAACACUGAGACGGAAUAAUACUGGACUUGUAUUUUUAUACUGAUAAACUUUUCCACUUGACCUGGAGCAUUUUGAAAGAACUACUAGGAAAGAGAGAAGUGCCAGAAUCUGUCCAGUCUGUUCAGACAUUUUGCAGCUAUGCGAUAUUGGUAAAUGAUGGAGUUCUGACCAACUCCUCAUGGUUUUUUUCUUUCUUUCUCUCUGGGAGAGACAGAUUACAUACCGAACAGUAUUAGCCCUCUACUGCAUUGUCCUGAAUACUAUGCAGCAGUUACUAAAUACACAAUACCGACUGUUGGAAAAACUAAAGAUCAAUUAUUACAUCCUUUUUUUUUUAUUGAUUUUUUUCCUCCCCCUAUUCAAAUCUGAGAGAAAGGAAAUUAUGUAAUUAACUGACCUACCUAAAUAAAAAGGAGAGUUACCAUUUACUCUAAGGUCUAUACUGUUUACAAGGGACGUACAUGUUCUUUAUGUUGAAGUGUCUAUUAUAUGUCUGUAAGGAAUGACAAAUAAACCUAAACCACCUUGUGUUAA